CAACCUGCGUACCAUUGUCAAUUCAUGUGUUUGCAGAGAUUCAAUUGACUGCAACAAGCAUGAUUCAAAAAAAUCCAGAGUCCUUCUCGGACUUUGAGUUCAUCGAGACUCCUGCGGCUGCACCAGAGCAAAUCCCCUCUCCCAACAGCGGUGUCCGCACCACUAAGUAUCCUGCCAUCAAAAAUGCACCUCUUCCAGCAGACGAUGCCGGCAGUGACUCGUUCAACAACUAUGUCAUGAUCGCUCUCUUGCUCGUGGUCCCCUGGUACCUAGCCCGAUACGUGGGAGGAGGUUUCUACACCACCAUCUUCGUUGCCCUCCUUACCGCCGUCCCUAUCCUCAUGACCUUCUGGACUGUUGCAUCCAGCAUCUCUCCACGCAAGAAUGAAAAGGCCAAGUUCCCAGGCCUGCCCAUUGAACACUACUUGAACUUCCGCAGCCAGGAAGACCGAGACAAGUAUUACGGCAAGAACAAGAUCCCCAUCGAGACCUUCUCCGAGAUGUACUUUGAUGAAAAGGUCGACUUGAAGGGAGACUGCUUGGAGAUUCUCGAAUAUCGACAUGAUUGGGCCAACUUCCGAUUCACCAUGGGCUUGUUCAAACACUUCUUCACAGGUUUCAUUCCUGAAUUGCUUCUGCACACUCGUUCGCAAGAUGAAGAACAGGUUCGAGACCACUACGACCGUGGUGAUGAUUUCUACUCCUGGUUCCUGGGUCCUCGUAUGAUCUACACUUCCGGUAUCAUUUCCGACAUCAACCGCGAGGAGACUCUGGAAGAGCUUCAGGACAACAAACUGGCCAUUGUCUGUGAGAAGAUUGACCUCCAGCCUGGUGACACAAUGCUCGAUAUCGGCUGUGGAUGGGGUACUUUGGCCAAAUACGCCAGCGUCAAUUACGGUGCUCACGUGACUGGAGUGACCUUGGGUCGCAACCAGACCGCCUGGGGCAAUGGUGGAAUGAGAAAAGUUGGAGUUCCCGAGGAACAAAGCAAGAUUCUCUGCAUGGACUAUCGUGAUAUCCCCGUGCCUGAGGGUGGCUUCAAGCGCAUCACUUGUUUGGAGAUGGCCGAACACGUCGGUGUUCGUCAUCUGAGCUCCUUCUUCCGCCAGGUCCAUGACAUGUUGGAUGACGACGGUGUCUUCUUCCUUCAGAUUGCUGGUCUGCGCAAGUAUUGGCAAUAUGAAGAUCUCGAGUGGGGUCUGUUCAUGAACAAGUACAUCUUCCCUGGUGCCGACGCUUCAACUCCUCUUGGCUUCGUGGUGGACACCCUCGAGGGAGCUGGAUUCGAAGUCAAGGGCAUCGACACCAUCGGAGUCCACUAUUCGGCCACCUUGUGGAGAUGGUAUCGAAACUGGAUUGCCAACUCUGACAAAGUCAAGGCCAAGUACGGCGUCAGAUGGUACCGAAUCUGGGAAUACUUCCUGGCCUACUCGACCAUCAUCUCCCGACAAGGCAGUGCGACCUGCUUCCAGAUCACCCUGGUCAAGAACAUCAACUCGACACAUCGUAUUGAGGGCAUCAAGACUCAAUUUGGCCUUGAGGGUGCAUUGAAUGCUGGCCGAGCCCGCGUGGCCAAGAACAAAGCGAGCGGAUCUGUAAAGACCGAAUGAGUUCCUGCUUGUACAGGCAAUGUCUAGGAGGGAGGGCGAGGCAGGAGAAGGGGCAUUUUCAUCGCGAUUUGCCUUCUCACGGCUACUCAGCGUCUUUCCAUAUCUCAGAGAGCCUCAAAGAGGCUAAGGAGGAUGCAUAUAGGCUAGAAAUACAGUUAAUGUACGUGAAUGAGAGAAGAAUUGGAAGUUGACAGGCUUAGGGAGCGAUCGGCCAUCAACAAGGUCUCUUCAAUGCCUAACUAAAUAGGGGGAAAAUGUAUAGAGUUCAAAUGAUUCAACGAAAUUAUAUACUGUUCAAUGCCAAGAUAUUUGUUCCCAA